AUGGCUAUGGCUACAGAAUUGCUGGAAUUUGUACAACUUUACAAAGCCCUUCAAUUUGUACGCCAAAAAGAUGCUGCCCAGUUAGAAAAACUUAUUAAAUUUGGUGUGCCAAAUUUAAUACAAUUAAGAGAGCCAUGUAAUGGAGCUGGAGCGAUGCAUUUGGCUGUGGAGGAUUAUUGUGGGAUAAUGUGCAAGCCCCUUCUUAAAUUCGGAGUUGAUCCAGAUACUCAGGAUGCAAAAGGAUACACACCUGCAAUGAAAGCAGCACAGCUAGGCCACGACUUGCCAUUGGAAAUACUGGCUAAGGCAAAAGCUGACAUGACUGUUAUCAAUAAAGAAGGGAAAGGCAUCUUAUUUUACUGUAUCUACCCUAACAAUAGACAUCUUCGCUGUUUUAAUAUUGCGCUGGACAAUGGGGCAGAUGUCAACAACUCCUCCUCUGAAGGCAUCCCAGUUCUACUGAUGGCCUGUGAACUUGCUUGGGGCUGUAAGGAUAUGUGCUUGCGACUGUUGGACAAAGGAGCUAAUCCUAACGCAGUCCACCCAGCCACAGGCCUCACUGCUUUAAUGGAGGCAGCUAGAAACGGAGCAGUGGAAGUCAUUCGUGUCAUCCUGGAAAAAGGUGGAAAUGUCAACAUGAUUGAUCAAAAACAACGUGCUGCUAUUCAUUUUGCUGCCAGAGGUGGUUAUUUGGAGGUUCUAAAGCUGCUUUCAGCAUAUAACGCUGACAUGAGUAUUUUUGAUAAAGAGGAAAACACUGCUCUUCACCACGCUGCAAUUGGGGGGUUUGCCAACUGCUGCAAAUUUCUAGGACAAAGGGGUUGCAAUCUCAACUGGAAAAACCGAAAAUUCCAGACAGCCAGAGACAUUGCAAAGAAAUCUGGUUUUAAGGCAGCAGGGAAGGAAAUGCGUAAACUAAUGAGCCGCCUGGAAAAAUAUUCCAAGCCAGGAGCGAAAAAUCCAAAUCCAUCAUGGGCAAUCACCUUACACGACUGGACAUUUGAACAUCAGAAAGCUCUUCGUGAAUUAUUUCAGAAAGUAGCUAGAGAUGAUGGAAAUAUUGAUGAGGAAAAUUUUACCACAAUCCUGAAGAUGAAAAAGGCCCCCAUCAAUGAAGAGCAGCUGGAAACAAUCUCAAAGCUCCAUGUAAAAAGUAAAGUAAAUACCAUCAAUCCUGAAGAAUUUCUACAAGGGUCUAAAUACCUAGAAAAAGAAUUCCUGAUGGCUGCCUAUGAGCCAAAGAAAGAAAGAAAGAAAAAGGGCAAGAAGGCAAAGAAAAAAUAG